CGCGCUGACCGCCAAGCGGCAACUAUGGCGACCUUCUUCGGGGAGGUGGUGGUGGCGCCGUCCCGUGCCGGCGUGGACGAUGAGGAGUCGGCGGAGGAGGGUUGCGAGGAGACGCCCGAGGACCGAGAGAUCCGCAGGGAGCUGGAGAAGAAAAGGGAGAUCGACGUCUGCUGGACACUGAAGUCGGGCGUGCCUACGGAAAGCUCUGCCGACGAGCUGUUUGUCUGCUCUAAACUUAUACUUGCAAUAGGACAUAAUGCUGCAGCUUUCUUGUCUUCUUUUAUCCUGGAUUCUGUAUGUUGGGAAGUAAUUGGAGCUGUGAAGCUGUGGAAUGAGUGGUGUCGAACAUCCAGCACAACAAAUGUCCUCCCAACAGAUUCUUUCUGUUUGUUUUAUCGCUUAAUAUCAGAUCCAACAGUUUGGUUAUGCCAGUGCAGUUGUUAUGUGGCUGAGGAUCAGCAGUUCCAGUGGCUUGAAAAGGUUUUUGGUUGUAUGCGAAAGGAGGGCUUGCAAGUAACCAUUCUUUCAACGUGUCCUGUAGCUGAUUACAAAACUCAGGAAUCCACUUUAACACUUCCAUCUCCCUUUCUGAAAGCCUUGAAGACAAAAGAAUUCAAAGAGCAGGUCUGCUGCCCACUGCUGGAACAACCCAACAUUGUGCGAGAUCUUCCUGCUGCUGUUUUGAGUUAUUGUCAAGUGUGGCAGAUUCCUGCAGUAUUGUAUCAGUGUUACACUGAUAUCAUCAAACUGGACACUGUUACAAUUGAAGCGUUCAAGCCUCUGCUUUCUUCUAAAGUCCUGAAGAGUUUAGUCAAGGAUGUAUCUGAAAGCACGAAGAUCUUGAAGAAGUUACUGAUAACCAGUGAAAGUCACAAUAAUAUCUACAUCUAAAGAGGAUAUUUAUGUUGCAGACUGCACUUUCAUAAACUCCAGUUUCUUCUGUCUACAGAAGAACAUUUUGGAAUUGUAGUUGUUCCCUUAAAAGUGGAAUAAAUUCCAGUAGAUUUUUUUAC